AUGCAGACCCAUUCAGAAGCAAACACUUUAUAUACUCCUUUACAUCGAAGCGAUUUGUGUUUAACUCCGUAUUGUAUCAAAGCAGCAAAUUAUCUGCUCGAAAGUAUUGAUGAAACAAUCAAUCCAUGUGAAAACUUCUAUGAGUUUGCUUGUGGAAAAUAUAUUAAAAAUGCCAUAAUAUUAUCGGAAAGUAGUGAACAGAGUACUAUGUCACAAAUAUCAAAAAAAUUAAGAUAUACAAUUGCCGAUUUGUUAUCAUCAAAUAGAACAAAGAAGUCCAAAGCAAUUACUAAUGCUCGUCGUUUAUAUAGUUCUUGUAUAGACGAAGCUACUAUCGAAACGGAAGGUGUUGAUGUAAUAAUGUCAAUGAUCAAUAAAGAGCUUGGAGGAUGGCCUGUCUUGCAAGGCUCGGCCUGGAAUGAAUCAACAUUUGAUUUUGAUCGAUUGAUGCUCAAAUUAAGUCAAUACAAUAGCUACAUAUUUUAUACUGUAAACACAGAUGUUGAUGAGAAGAAUUCAUCGAUUCGAAGUAUUCAUUACUUUACGAUGCAAAAUCAACUAGAUUCUCGCGAAACUGUUCGCACAACACUCGGUAAUCUUUCACAUACAAUCAAUGUCAGCUUUGAUUCUUCUAACUAUAUUCGUCGCUUGUAUCUAUUGGCUAACGUCUCUGUGAUUGAUGCCGACAUUGUAAUUGUGCGUGCACCCAAACUUCUGCAUGGUAUUUCGUCAAUUAUUAAUCGGCAAACAGCACGUACCAUACAAAACUAUAUGAUAUGGCGCUUCAUGAUGGAUCGAGCUUGGCAUAUGCCAAAACGAUUUCGAAAUAUUGUACAACAAUUUACUCAGGUAUUUCAUGGCACAAGUACUGAAGAGUCACGUGCAACUACAUGUGCCAAUUAUGUCAAUAUAGUGAUGAGCUUGACGGUUUCAAAACUUUACAUCGAAGAAUAUUUCCAUAAGGAUACUCGAAAAGAAACAAUUGAAAUGAUCAACAAUAUUCGAAAUAUUUUCAUCACGAUGGUCAAUCAAUCGACAUGGAUGGAUUCGAAAUCGAAAAUCAUAGCGAUUAUAAAAGCUCGAGCUAUUAAAGCAAAACUUGGUUAUCCUGAUUAUUUAGAGAGUGAUAAUAUGACGAAACUUGAUAAAGCCUAUGCUGAGUAUAAUUUCAAUUUAUCUUAUAUGCCGAAUGUUUUGAGUGCCAUUCAACUACAUUCAAAAGCUAGUCUUCAAAUGCUUCGCUAUCCUAUCGAUAGUAAACAAUGGACUGUGUUUCCAGCUGUCAUACUUCAAACACCUUUGUUCGACAGAGAUGCACCUAAGUAUCUUAACUAUGGUGGUAUUGGCUUUAUUAUGGGACAUGAGAUUGCACAUGGAUUUGGCGAUGAAGGGAAAGAAUAUGAUCUGAAUGGAAAUGAAGUUUUAUGGUGGACUAAUUCGACUGUCAACACAUUUGACAUACGUAAAAAAUGUAUCAACGAACAAUACGACAACUAUAAUUUGACUCAAGUCAAUCAUUCAAUAAACGGACGAAAAACACAAAAUGAAAAUAUCGCCGACGAUGCAGGACUCAAACAGGCAUUCUUCGCGUAUCAGCAAUGGGCUAAGACCCAUAAAAAUGUUGACAAGAAACUUCCCGGUUUAACCAAAUAUUCAGCAGAACAAAUGUUCUUUCUCAAUUUUGGUCAUAUAUGGUGUAAAAAAAUUACAGAUGAAUCUCUGCACUCUAAUUUAGUACUGGCUCAACAUUCCCCUGCACAAUUCAGAGUACGUGGUCCCACCUCGAAUUUUGUUGAAUUCGAUCGAGUAUUCGGCUGCAAAGCAGGUCAAGGCAAUAGUCGAGUGAACAAGUGCGACAUAUGGUAG